AUGGCUGCGCCCAUGGCGCGCCGCCGCACCGCCAUCGCGGCGGCGCUUUUCGCGGCGGCCAUCGCGGCCAUCGGCGGAGCCGGUCGCGGAGCCUCCGGAGCCUUCGCCGUCGCGGCUCCCAAGAGUCUGAAGGAAACGCCAUGGGAAGCCUACGCAUUGAGGCUGCUGCGCUCCGCGCCCUUCUUCAGCGAUCUCACGGACCAGCAGCGUCGGGAGACGGCGGAGAUGAUGAUGCUGCAGGCCGUUGAAGAGAAUGAGACGGUCUUCCAACAGGGGGAUCCAGGAGACAAGUUCUUCAUCAUCAUCGAUGGUGAAGUCAAAGCCUUUGUCCAAAGGGACGGGGAGGAUUCGUCUGGGAAGGUAGAAGAGAUGGUGAAGCACUACCUCACAGGGGAAUACUUUGGAGAGCUGGCUUUGUUAACUUCUGCCCCCCGCAGAGCCACCAUCCGAAAUAGCAAGGAUGGUCAAACGCUGCUGCUGUACCUCACCCGUGUCGAUUUCGAGAAAACUAUGGGCUCCAUGCGCGAGUUGCUGCUACGCAAUGCGGCCUAUCGUCCAGCGCAGAAAGCGCAGGAACAGGAGCGGCGCCUGGUGGAAGCUUCGACCUUCGAACAGAUUCUCGGUCUGAGUGGCUCGCUCCGGCGAUUCUUGCUGACCACUGUGUUGUAUUUGUCGUUGGGGACAGCCUUCUACACCUUCAUUGGCUUUGAGGAGCUACCAGGAAUCACCUCUCCAGUGGUGGCCUUCUAUUUCUCCGUGGAGACAGCAUUGGCCGUUGGCUUUGGCGUCCUAACUCCCCGAGGUGCCUGGAGCGCUUUCUUCACGGCGGGCUUCGUGAUUUCGGGCGCGGCCAUCUUGGUGAAUUUUUUGAGCGGCGUGGUGGCAGACUUGUUGGAGGACGCGGCCGAAAAGCGGCCCUGGGCUCCUUCUGCGAGUGGCCGAUGGUCGCUGAUUUUCUCGCUGCUACCGUUGCUCUGUUGGUGGUUGGUGGGAACCGCCUUUGGACGAGUGCAUGAAGGCUGGGGCUGGAGCCGUGCGGUGCUCUUUGCCAUCAGCGCCACCAGCACAGUGGGGAUCCAAGGCUUGGACUCCAAGGACGAACUCUCGCUGCUCUUCUGCGCAAUCUACCUGCUCGUCGGCGUGCCGUUGUACGCCUCGGUGCUGGCACGCGUGUCGUUGUUGGUGGCCAAUGAACUCGUCGGGUACGACACAGAUCAAGAUGGACGAAUCAAUAAGCAGGAGAUGCCCGAGCUGUUGCGCUUCCUUUGCGCCACGCGACAACUGGAGAUCACUGACGCAGACCUGGAAUUCCUGAUCCGCGAAUGGGACGAGGACAAGACGGAAACCAUCACCCAACAGGCGAAAGCCGCGGCGAUUGAAAGGGGGGAUGUGAUCCAUUUCGAAAUGGUAGGCAUGACACUUCGAAGUAUGGACUCAGUACGGACACCUCGUUGCUUGCGGGCCGAGGGCUUGACGGAUGCCAGUUGGGUCUUUUCGCGGAUUUUUUUGUGUGCUUGCGGCUCUGCAGAACUGCCACGGCUGGAGAUCGAUCUUGGGAACUUCACGGUGGUCUUAGACCCUGCAGACUAUGCGCGCCUGGAAUUCAUCGACGAAGACGGCGAUGCCGACGCAGCGCCGGCCACGGCAGAGGCUGCACCGGCAGGAUCGCCGGCGGCAAUUCUGCAGCAGGAGUCCGGACUUUUGGCUGCGACCGGGGAAACUGACGCUGCAGGUGCCGAGCAGCCAGCAGAGCCGCCGUCCUGCGUGCCCAUGGUGAUGCACAUUGAUUUACCGCCGCCGCUGCACCCCCGCACGCUGAUCCUCGGGGAGCCCGUGCUGCAGAGGUACUACACGGUCUUCGACGCCAGCAGCUCGCCCAAAGUGGGCUUCGCGCCGGCGCUGCACCAGGCGAGGAGCGCCAAUCCGAGCGCCGAUGCAACGGAGGCCGUGCCAGCGGACGCCAGAUGAGUGCGAAAGAUCGCCAGAUGAGUUGCGGCGGUUGACGGCAAGAGGUUAGCCUCCAGCAGA